AUGGAUCCGCGGCUUCAACGCACCCCGUCAGCCCAUCGCCCGCGCGUCCGCCCCCCCCCCGCGUCCCGCGUUCGAUUCCCAAGGCCGGCUCUUUGGCUCCCACCAAAAAAAAAUCCGCCGCGGCCGCAGACGCGUAAUCCGGCGCGACGGCCUCCGCCUCCGCCUCCGCCUCCGUGCGACGGCCUCCGACACCGCUUCCGGGUCCGGCGCCCGCCUCCGCCUCUAGCCUCCAGGUCCGGCCGCCGCUUCCCCUCACCGCCGUUCGCGGGCCGGGCUGGGAUCCAGCCGCCCCUCGCCGCGCCCCUGCGAACCCGGCCACCGGUCCCCCAGAUCUGGCGCUCCUCCUUGCCGGCAGCCGGCGACAGCGAGCGGUGGCGCUCGGACUGGAGGACCCGCCCGAGCCGCUCCGUCUCUCGCGGAUCCGCCCCGUCGCACGCGUUCUCCUCCUCCCCCGCCCGCCUGCCGCCGCGCGCGUCCUCCUUCUCUGCCAGUCAGGGCGCGUCGUCCUCCUUCUCCGACCGGUUCGUCGAUGGCACCGGCGCCCUGGCCAACGUCGCCACGAUCCACUGCUCGCCGUCCGUCCGACGUCCUCUGCUGCCGUCGUGCAGUGCUCGCCAGCUAGAGACACUACGCAAGUCGGGUGAGAAACCAUUGUCUGGACGUCGGCAUGCCCGUGCCCUCCAACGUUGUCAUCACGCCACCACUCAGGGUUAUUGGCAUCUCUUGUACUAUGGACAUGCCGAGACAACCACGCGUGACACUUACCGAUAUCACCAACACCUCAACCUCAGAUCAAGCCGGUGCCGUGGAUGCUGCUACGCCGAGGAGGCAAGAAAGGAAUAAGCAACAACGCAAACGGCGAUCUGAGAUGUCUGAUGAACAAAGAGAAGAGAUUAAUAGGAAACAACAUGAGUAUCAUGCGCGAAAAAAGGCAGAGUCAAACCGCACUUACCCUACAGGCGUCCUCACUCCAACCAUGGCAUCCUCCACAUUGGCAGUUCAGAAUCAAAGCCAUUCUGCCAAUCCACUGUUUGAGUGCAUGAAUAAAGUAACUACAUGAUCUAUAUUUCUAUUGGAGAGCAUGAGCUUAUAACAAUACUUUCAAUUAAUCUGUUUAGUGCAUAACAUCUCGAAGUUUUCAGGCACAAUUUUUUUAAAGGUUUCACAUGUUUUUAGUAGUGAAGCAGCUAGGAAACUUUGGCAUAUGCUCCAUCGUUUGGAUUUGUUUUUGGAUUUGUUUUGUAAGUGUGAUGAGACAAAUCUGUGGAAAGAAGAAAUGACCUUGCUCCACUAUAAUUAUGUCUUAUAACUCAAACAUAAUUCUGAUGUAUGUCAACUGAA